CAAUGACUUUAAUUGCUGCAAAUUGAUGAUAUAUGAGACGUCAUGCCGUGCAUAAAUAGUCAGGUUUCAACAUGGUGAGGAAAAAACCUUAUUUCAUUUACAAGUUGUGACAAAGACGUUCUAAUUGAGAAGCAAAAGAUGCAGAAAGACUCGAACUUUUCUAACAUACCAGAAAUCCCAUUCAUGGACUUUAUUUUUAAAGAUUAUGACAAAAAAAUUAAAGAUUACAAGGAGCGCCCAUGGAUUGUGGAUAUUCCGUCUGGAAAAACUUUGAAAUUUGGUCAGGUCAAAAAUGAUGCGAUUAAAAUUGCCAGUAGUCUUGCUAGAAGGGGCUUCAAGCAAGGCGACACCCUGUACUUUUUGACGUACGAAAUGGCUGAACUAUAUUUGGUAAAAAUCGGUGUUUGGUUGUUGGGCGGCGUGGUGCGAGGGUGCUAUCAAAAAGAAGCCCCAGAUGUCUGUGCCAAGCAAAUAAAAGAAAGCUCUGCAAAAUUUGUCAUGGCUGAUUCGGAUACUAUCCAAGUAAUUCGCGCUGCUUUGGAGUUGGUGAACUUUGAAGUGUGUCUCUUUAGCUUGGGAGACGAAAAAAUUCAAGGCACUACCCACUUAUCAACUUUGCUUAAUGAUGACGGCUCAGCAUAUAAGGCCCCAAAAAAUAUUAAAGUUAAAGAGGAUAUGGUGGCGGUUAUGAAUACAAGUGGGUCGACAGGAUUCCCAAAGGGUGUGGUGCACACACAUUAUUCUUGUAUUGGGUGCAUAACCUACCUUCAGUUUCUUAAGAUUGAGGACACUCUUUUAGAGUUCAUGAUUAAUUAUGGAAUUGGGGCCUUUAGUAUGAUGAUGUUUUAUCUAUGGACUGGAAAAACGGUUUACCACAUUAACAAAUUUGACCGAUCCCAAUACUUCCAACACAUUUUGACGUACAAGCCAAAAAGCCUAUUGCUGUAUCCCUUUGUGGCCAAUUGGUUUGCUCGAUGUGAUGAUGAGCUCGCAACCCUCAAGUCGAAAGGUUUUUUGAAUUUAAUCACGAUUGGAGGCUGGGUGCUUGAUGUAGCAACAGCGGACAGUCUGACGGAGAAAUUGCCAAAUACGAAUCUCCAGCAGGUGUUUGGAAUGACAGAAAUUCUAUUUGCAACUACCACUGAUUCAUUCAAAAAUCCCAAAAAUAAGCUCGAGCGCUGCAAGAGCAAAGGGCACGAAUUUACUUCCUCGGGACGUUUUCUACCAAAAUACGAAGCAAAAAUUUUGGACCUGUCAACCGGCAAAGAGCUGGGGCCACAUGGGGUGGGUGAGUUGUAUGUUCGUGCUCCACACAUCACAAGAGGAUAUUUGAAACCUGGCAAUCAGAUCGACUCUUCAUCAAUUGACAAAGACGGGUGGUUUCAAACAGGAGAUUUGGCCUUUUUUGAUGAAAAAGGAAACGUUUAUGUGAAGGACAGAGUUAAAUUCACAUACCGCUAUAAGUAUGAUAUUGUCUCGCCAUUUGAAGUCGAAGCUGUUUUGCAAAAGCACCCUGAUGUUCAGGAGGCAGGUGUUGUGGGAAUUUCCCAUCCUGAUACCAACAGCGCUACCCGAGCUCUGGUUGUUCUCAAACCUGGAUGCGAGUGCAAUGCAAAGGAUCUAUGCAAAUUCGUGGCCGAUAGAUGUCCUGAGCACAAGCAACUGCACGCUGGAGUGCAAUUUGUUAAAAGCCUUCCAGUGAACAAGGGCAACAAAUUGGACAGACAGGCCCUUAAAAGUUUAGCACUUUUGAAUGGGUAGUUAAGCAUUACAGAGCGAAUUAAUUAACUAUGCAGUGAUAAUUUUCCUUUGCUGUGUAAUAGUGGUGUGCAUUGUUGGAUUAAUAAACAAUAAAAAAAUUCU